AUGCCAUCACUUCGUCAAAGUAGACGUCAAAAGCAGCUGGCACCAGAAUCUAGGGGACGUAAGGACUUGGAACCAUGUCGUGCUAAGCGCCCGGAAUCAAGCCAAGGUGCACUCCACGAGGAAUUCGAAUCAUCUAUCGUGAAGGGGAGAUCGGGUACACGGACAGACGCAGCAUUCCACGCAAAUAAGGAGAUCCUACGACAGGCGUUUCUGUCGAGUCAGCAACAGCCGAACACCUCACCUGUAUCACCACAGGACGGACUGGUACAAGAGGAGACACCGAGCAGCAGACUCAGGGAGGCAAGUCAGGAAAUCGAUCGCCGGACAACUAUGAAGGCACGCCCACUGAAACGACCGAAACAAUGUCGUCAACAGUCGAAGCAAGAUAAAGAUCGACAGUCAACAGCCCAACAGUUGAUGAGGCAGCAACGGGAGCUACUAGAGAAGUAUGAACAACGGUUGAACCAGCUGCAACCAAGGGAAUCGUCGGAAGAUGAGACUUUAUCAUUUACGAUCGCAGGCCAAGGAGCUGAGCGUCCGGGGAUAGGAUAUCAGUCUCCUAUAGUAGUCUCGGAUAAUGAGCCAUCAACUUCUCCGAAGGAAAUCCCACAUUUUCCGGAAUUUAUUCCUGGACAGCCACGAGCAGCAGGAGAUCCUCAUGGUCAGGAAGCCUUGACGAGCCGACGGGCACGUUUGGGAGGCUCAUUUCAGACGCAGCGACAGAAUAUACAGUUUGUACGUGAGGCCCUGAAUGAAUCACCUAUCACGCAGACGCUGACACCAUCGCCUAGUAAGUAG